AUGCUGAUGUUCCCAAAGGAAGAUGAACUCCGGGCCGCAUGUGCUCAUGAGCUGAGCACAUGUGGGACGCCUCUACUCAUACGGUCACCCACAGCGGAGAACCAUGCGGAGCAUCAUGCGGCGCAGGAGACCCUAGCCGACAUGCUGCACGAGACGCCAGAGCCGCUACCUCCUGCACCCGCGAUAUGGGCCCGCCAACACCAAGAGGAGAUUGGCGCACACCUCAAGGCGUGCAAAGAAAGCACGGAGACGCCCAGUCCGAACACCCCUGAUGCCACACCAGAGAAGGUUCGAGUCGAAGUGAUGCGGAAGCCACGAUCUGCAAGGGCGAAGGCAAAGGCAUAUGCUGGCACCGGGGAGAAGAAGAGGGGUGGCACGAGCGAGUACACGGGAGUAUGGUUCGACACGCGUGUCCGGAAGUGGUGCACGAAGUUAACGACAGAUCCGAGUACAGGCCGUCAGAUUCGUCUGGGUGCGUACCAGAGGGAGGACGCGGCGUACGCAUACGCCGCAGGAGCAUUCGUGAUACGGAGGAAGGACACUUUUCCCAAGGUCAUGGAACUGACCGUGGGUGAGAUGGCAGCGCUGGAGGGUGGAUUGAGGAUGAUGUGCAUCAUCUCGUGCAUAAACAGCAGUGCGUCCUCCCCGGAGCCCAAUCCGCCCGACGCACGUGAGGGUGAGAGCUUCUCGUCGCGUGGUACGGCGACCAAUAGGCGCAAGGCAGGCCCUUCCGCGUCUGUAGGGGAUGGGCGUUCGGCGAGGCCCGUAAAGAGGCGCAAAGUGUCAGACGUGCCAGACACGGAGGAACAGGCCGACGCGCCGCCAACGGAACCUGAGCCCGAGUCGUCGGAUGAUGACCCCAACGAAGCUCUUCCCCGUGUCAAUACUGCUGCCGACGACGACGCGGAGGAGACUAAUGGGGAACGCUCCGACUCGGCUCCUGUUAUGAGGGAGGAGUUUGACGUUAUGCGCAAAAGCCAGAAGGACACGGUUGCGACGCUUGCGAGGCUCGAGACGGCGCUACUGGCGUCUCUUGCCAACCACACAGCAAAGAAACGCAAGAGGGACAAUGCGGGUGGAGGGUGCGAGACAGCGACGAAUGCAAGGAAGGGCCGUCGCGUUUCAACGCCAGAGGAGUCCAAGCUGGACGAGGACGAGGUGGAGGAAGAGCACUGGCGGCACAUUCGAUCGUCUAGUUCGCCCGUGCUCCAGCGCGCGCUGAAGUUUCUGCCGUCGAGCAAAGGAUGGAAGGCAAGUUUCAGCACAAGUGUCUCGUCAUGUGCAGGAGAUCUCCUGCCCCUCCCAUUCGCGAGCUUGGCUCUGGCUGCCGACAAGGCAAGGUGCUCUGACCUUAAUCGCACCCUGAGCAACUGGAAGACGGCGGCUGCUGGACGCGUGCACGACACCACGCAGCCAAAGCUCGGGCUUUUCUGCGACAAACGGGACGCGCGAAGCCCGUGGGCGGCACCGAGGGCACGUUCGGCGGUGAGGGUGCGGGAGCGACUUGCUCUGACGUUGGACGGGGAGGCAUUCGCGGCCUGUGCCCGUGCGGCGUUCAAGCCGCGGAUGCUCAACGGCACUGUGACGCUGAAGCUGUACCACAUGGCAUGGCUCGAGCACGUGGUGGCCGAUGGCAUCCGCUACUGGGAGACUCGCAAGGGCAGGCUGUCCAACUCUGCAGGUGUCAAUGCGCAGAUCGUGGAUGGCCUCCGCGAGUGUGCCCUGACGGACGUCAUCGCGGCUGUCGAUGAGUUCCAGCCAGCGUACGACGCAACCACUUCCUCAUGGGCUUGGGGCCACCAUGGCCUGCGCCUUUCUUCGUGCGGCAUCGAACGCCAGGUGACAGCCGCGCCUGCAGCCAGCGAGAGCGGGAGGGAGGGGGACAAUCUCUCUCUGAACUAA